AUGGGUCAGUAUGGUACAGUACGAGACGGUCAGUAUGGUACGGGUCAGUACGGGACAGGUUACUACGGUACAGGUCAGUACGGUACAGGUCAGUACGGUAUGGGUCAGUACGCUACGGGUCAGUACGAGACGGUCAGUACGGAGGAGUUCUGUCUCAUUGGUCUGUGUGUUGACUUUGACAACAUCUCCAUCCCAAAGGAGGUGUUGCACACUCAGGUGGCCCAUUGGUGGUCACCUGAUGGCUCCAGACUGGCCUACCUUACCAUCAACGACUCCUUGGUUCCGACCAUGAUUCUGCCUCAUUUCACAGGCUCUCUGUACCCCAGAGGGAAGGAGUACCAUUACCCAAAGAUGGGGCAGAUGAAUCCCAGCGUCAGCCUCUACGUUGUCACUCUGGAUGGCAGCUCCCUCACGGCGGAACUGAGACCUCCAGACAGUUUCAUGAAGAGGUCGAGUUCUAUAAUCACCUCGGUGAAAUGGGUGAGGCGGGAGAAGCUGAGCGUGCGGUGGGUGAACCGAGCUCAAAACAUGUCAAUCCUUUCACUGUGUGACGCCACAGCAGGUGCCUGCACCCAGAAACAUGUGAUGACGUCAGAGACAUGGCUCGAUCGCCAGAAUGAAGAGCCGGUGUUUUCCGAGGACUGUACCACAUUCUUCAUCACCAUGCCCAUAAAACACAACCCUGGGACGUUCAACCACAUCACUAUGAUCUCCAGCAAAUUGAAUGAUCAAGAGGUCAGUCUCCUGAACAUGACCUCUGGAAACUGGGAGGUCUCUCAAAUCCUGGCAUAUGAUGAGAAGAAAAAAGCUGUGUUGUCCAGUGUGGAUCCGUCUCAUAAGGAAUGUCUGAGCUGCUCCCUCUUCAAACCAAACUGCACCUACUACGAUGCUGUUCUCAGCCCUGAUUAUCAACAUGUUCUUCUCAACUGCAGAGGUCCUGGGAUACCCCAAACUACUCUACACACUCUGGCUGAUAUGAACAGUAAGUACUCUGGCACGGAAGAAAAACUCUUUUACUACCGUGCAUCAGCUUUUCGUCUGGAGUUGAUCCUGCCGAUAGAUUUGGAUGAAACAAAGGAGCACCCACUUUUACUGGUCCUUGGUAGUGCCCCCGGGGGUCAGGCUGUCAGCGACCGUUUCUCUCUCAGCUGGGAGUCGGUCCUGGUCAGCUCAGACCACGUCAUCGUGGCCCGUCUGGAUGGGCGAGGGAGCAACUUCCAGGGUCAGGAGAUCCUCCAUGAGGUCCGCCAGAGACUGGGAACUGUUGAUGCUCAGGACCAGAUCACAGCCUUGGAGCAUCUGGCCAAGCUCCCCUACGUAGACGGCAACAGAGUGGGAGUUUAUGGAAAGGCCUAUGGAGGUUUCUUGGCCACACUGCUGCUUCUGUCUCACAGCUCGGUGCUGAAGUGUGGCAUCGCUGUAGCACCUAUAAUAGACUGGAGACUCUACGGGUCUGCCUGCACGGAGAAAUAUUUUGGCUUUCCUCCAAAAGAAGAUAACAAGUUCCAGGUUUCUAAUCUGCUCAGUGACAUCAUGACACCUGAUCUCCCUGACUUCCUGAUAAUCCAUGGCACAGCUGAUGCCACUGUUCAUUUCCAGCAUUCUGCUGAGUUGGUCAGAAUGUUGUCUGCAUCAGGUGUUAACUACACACUUCAGAUUUUCCCUGAUGAAGGACACGAUAUCAUCUCCAUCAAGAGCCGCCGCUACAUGCUGAGCUCAGUGCUGACUUUCUUCAAGCUCUGCUUUAAGGAGGAGCAGCUUGAUGCGCCGGAGAUGUUGAAAGAAGAUGAGUAGCUCCAUGAACCUCCUGCAGGUUUGAGAAUUCAGAUGGUGUCAAGAGCCAACAAAGGAAGGCUGUUUCCUCGAAGUGCUGCUAUCUGCACAAGCACGCCUCAAAUAUCAGUCAAUACCUACAAAGCUACACUGUCUUAGACAAGUAGCAUCACAUUUACAUUUUAUUUAUAAUUAAAAGAAGAAAAGAACAUCAUGUUAAACAUGUCUGUUUAAGUUGUAUUUUUUGCAGACUCCUAUAAUCUACUACAGGCUUAUAUAUUUAAAUGAAAGUAAAAACACACUGAAGCCACGACCACUGAACCCUUCCUACAGGUCCUGCACGUCAUCAUCACUGUCCACGCUUAAAGCAACACAGUAUAUAGCAAUACAGAAACAUAUCUUAGCACAGUACUAAACAAAGGGAAUGAUGAAGAUGAGGAGCAUCUUCAGUGACUGCUGUACCGCCGGUGUCUGAAGUAAAAUCAGACUGAGGAAGCUUCAUGUGAAGGACGUUGAUGUGGAUCUGUUGUUUUCUUGUUUUUCUUCUCUUGCAUGCAUUUAUUGAAACUAGUUGGGUUAAAUUACAGCUCUCAGACCUUCUAGGAAUCAUAUGAAAUAUGGUUAACACUUUAAAAACCUUUCUAUGAUCAGUUUCUGCUAUUAAAUGUCAUUUAAAAAAAUGAGAAACAGUGUGAAACGUUAACCAGUAAUGAGAGUCAGCCAUGUGUGUCCCUGACCAGCCUCCGUCCUCAUCUCCCACCAGGAUCCUUAUGCUCGUACUUUUACACUUUCCUGACUCUGAUACCGCGACUCAUUCAGUCAUCAUGACCUUCUGGUCUCCAGAAGGAGAUAUUUGUAUACUUGGAAUCAUUUAUAAAUAAAAUAAACUAUAUGUCUUUGUCUCUUUCCUUUCUGUGUUGUCCCCAGUAGCUUCAUCCUAACUGAUGACGCUCAGGCUGAGCUUUAAUAAAAGGAUGACCCUUGUAUCCGAUGGUGUUACAGUGAGGCUUUGCUACCACCACAGCUGAGGAGAAGGUCGCUCAGAUUAGAAACCAAAACCCAGGCACAGCUCCUGCCACUGGCCUUACCCUCCACUUGUGUGUUCCUUUUCUUUUGGGGUGGAGGAGUAGUGCUCGUCUGGCCAGAUUAAGAAGUUAAACGAUAAAGAUGCUGUCAUGCUUGCUGCGCUAGUCUUUGCAUGAGUAAAUUGUAGCACCAGCAUCACGACCGUUCAGUCAUGGAAUCACUGCAGUUUUCCUCUUAAACAGCAGGGGUCACUACUGAGAAGAAGAAGCUCAGAAGAAGUUAAACACAAAGCAAAUUACUGACGGAAGACAGAAGAAGCUGGUUCUGGAUCCUGUUCACAUCUGGCUUCUUCUCUGC